AUGGCUCUCUUCACUCCGAAUUUGUCUUUCAAAACUUCCACCUACAAUUCCAGUUUAUUUACACUACCUGCCACUCCUCGUCGUUUUAUCCGGUGCCCUCGCUCCCUAAAGCUCAGAGCUUCAUUAGCCGUUGACUCCCCGUCGACCUCCGCCACCGAACGCGGCGGUGCUGCGGAGCUACUACUUGAAGUCAAAGACCUUUCCGCCGUAAUUGCCGAGUCCAAACAGCCCAUUCUCAAAGGCGUUAACCUAACUAUCCGCGAAGGCGAGGUUCAUGCGGUGAUGGGGAAGAAUGGUUCUGGCAAGAGUACAUUUGUAAAGGUCCUUGUUGGUCAUCCAGAUUAUGAAAUUACCGGAGGCAGCGUUACAUAUAAAGGUCAGGACUUGCUUGAGAUGGAGCCUGAGGAAAGAGCUGUUGCUGGGAUAUUCAUGAGCUUUCAGUCCCCAGUUGAAAUUCCGGGAGUUAGCAAUAUUGACUUUUUGAACAUGGCUUACAAUGCUCGAAGGAGAAAACUUGGACAGCCAGAACUUGGACCAAUCGAGUUUUACGGCUACAUAGCACCCAAGCUUGAACUUGUGAACAUGAAGGUAGAUCUUUUGAACAGAAACGUCAAUGAAGGGUUCAGUGGUGGAGAAAAGAAGCGCAAUGAGAUUUUACAACUUGCGGUUCUUGGUGCAGAGUUGGCUAUAUUAGAUGAAAUUGAUUCCGGCUUAGAUGUUGAUGCACUUCGUGAUGUAGCAAAAGCAGUGAAUGUCCUCCUGACCCCAAAGAAUUCAGUUUUGAUGAUCACACACUAUUUACGUCUUUUGGAGUUCAUUGCACCUACCUAUAUUCAUAUAAUGGAGAAAGGCAGGAUAGUGAAGACUGGAGAUAUUUCAAUAGCAAAACUUUUGGAAAAAGAAGGUUACAAGGCAAUUUCUGGCACAUAA